CACACACACACACACACACACACACACACACACACACAUACACACACACAUACACACAUACACCACACACACACACACACACACACACACACACACACACACACACACACACACACACACACACACACACAC